GCUCUUUGAUCCCGGACACAAAACACAAAACGGACACACGUUGACGCCGCACAAGCGAGCCCCGCGACACGCCUUCACUCUCCACGGUUCUCAUGGUGUGUUCAAGUGCAGCGUCUGGCUCCGAGCUUCCGUCAUUGCGCUGUCACUCUCACUGCACUCAGAUCAGAGCUCAAAGCUAAGCGGAAAAUGUCGGAAGAAGCUCCAGCACCUGCUGCCGCUCCGGCCAAAGCGGCCAAGAAGAAGGCUUCCAAGCCCAAGAAGGUCGGCCCCAGCGUCGGCGAGCUCAUUGUCAAAACUGUGGCCGCCUCCAAGGAGCGCAGCGGCGUGUCCGCAGCCGCUCUCAAGAAGGCUCUGGCCGCCGAAGGCUACGAUGUGGACAAGAACAAGGUUCGCGUCAAGACCGCCAUCAAGAGCCUGGUGGCUAAAGGCACUCUGGUCCAGACCAAGGGCACCGGGGCCUCCGGGUCCUUCAAGAUGAGCAAGAAGGCGGCUGAGGGUAAAGAGAAGAAGCCCGCCAAGAAAGCCGCUGCUAAAGCCAAGAAGCCCGCCGCGGCCAAGAAACCCGCCGCAGCAGCAGCGGCCAAAAAGCCCAAGAAGACGGCGGCAGCCAAGAAGCCCGCCGCAGCCGCUAAGAAGUCCCCCAAGAAGGCCAAGAGCCCCAAGAAAGCGGCCGCAGCCAAGAAGCCCGCCAAGAGCCCCAAGAAAGCGCCCGCCAAGAGCCCCAAGAAGGCGACCAAGAAGGCCCCCGCAGCAGCCAAGAAAGCCCCCGCUAAGAAGGCAGCCAAGCCCAAAGUCAAGAAGGCCGCGCCAGCCAAGAAGAAGUGAGCUCCCCUCACAUUCAACCUCCACAAAGGCUCUUCUCAGAG